AUGUUUUUUAAUUCUCCCAUAAAGUACAACAAAAGCAACCUCAUAGAGGACUUCGAACACGCCGGUAUCAAAAAGGGCGAUUGUAUCCUCUUACACUCUUCUCUGAGCAAAAUCGGUUGGGUGAACGGCGGUGCUGUCACCGUGAUCGCAGCUUUACUCGACGUCCUAGGCAGCGAGGGAACACUAGUCGUCCCAACACAUUCAGGAGACAACUCCGAUCCAUCUGGAUGGAAAAACCCGCCUCUACCAGAAGAGUGGUGGGAGAAGUUUCGCGAAGAGAUGCCCGCAUACGAUACGCGCACAACCCCGACAUUUCUCAUGGGCGUGAUUCCAGAGCUUCUCCGAACUUGGCCCGGUGCAAUGCGCAGUGACCAUCCACAAACGUCUUUCGCUGCAGUGGGUCCUCUGGCUGAGAAGAUCACGGCGGGUCAUGCUCUUGAUUGUCAACUCGGAGAGCGGAGUCCGCUUGCUCGACUUGAAGAAGUCGGGGCGAAGGUUAUGCUCCUUGGGGUUAUGUUCAACUCCUGCACUGCGUUCCAUUUGGCUGAAUACCGACAUUCGCCGCGGCUGGAAAAGAACCGUUUUGUGGCCACGGUUGAUGGUUCACGGCAGUGGAUGACCGUGUCAGAUAUCACUUUUGACGAUAGUGAAUUUGGAGAGAUUGGAUGUCAGGUUAUGAAAACAGAGUCCUUUAAGGGGAUAUCUGUUGGGGCUACCCACUGUUGGACGUUCUCGAUUGCAGAUGCAAUUUCGACCGCUACAACAUGGAUGGAAGCUCAUCGCAAUAAUUUGGAAUGA